CCGGAAGUCUCCCGCAGGUCUUCCAGGCUCCGUGCUGCGGGCGGUUCGCGGAUCUAUCCAGCCUCCUGGUGGAACCAUGUCUCCUGCAGCUGGGGGUGUGCCUGGAACACUUUGCCGCCCAAGAGGAGUUGCUGUCUGAAUUCUCCAUGAAUUUUGGCAAAAAGGAAUGCUAGAGCUGCGGGCUGAAAAUGUAUCCAACCUAGAGGAAGAUGUAGGCGGGAGAGCUUGCAUCCCCUUGUGAGAAUCGCUGCUCUUUGAGAUGUCCCAAAAGCAGACUGCAGUGUUCAUCUUGAAAGAGAGCUCAUAACCAUCUCUGGGGCCACACUGAGAAACAGUUUGGCUCUGUGUCUCCCAGGAUGGACUUCUUGGUUCUCUUCUUGUGGUACCUGGCUUUUAUACUGGUUACUGUAAUUCUGAUCUGCAUCUGCUCAAAAACCCCUCGUUUGAAAGGCCUGGCCCAGGAAGGAGCACAGUGCUGGGACUGCAAGCGAAUGCUACCAUACCUGGCCAACAACCACAUCUUCAUCGUGCUGCACCUGGUCUUGCAAGGGACAGUUUAUGUGGAAUACACCUGGGAAAUCCUUGGCUACUGUCAAGACCUGGAGUUUUCUUUGUCUUACCUUCUUCUGCCCUAUCUCUUGCUGAUUGUCAACCUGGUUUUCUUCACCCUGACUUGUGUAACCAAUCCUGGCACCAUCACAAAAGCAGAUGAAUUACUGUUUCUUCAAGUUUAUGAAUUUGAUAAUGUGAUGUUUCCCCAGAAUGCGAGGUGCUCUACCUGUGACUUACGGAAGCCAGCUCGGUCCAAGCACUGCAGUGUGUGCGACAGGUGUGUGCACCGCUUUGACCAUCACUGUGUCUGGGUGAAUAACUGCAUUGGCGCCUGGAACACCAGGUACUUCCUCACCUACCUCUCGACGCUGACGGUGUCUACUGCCACCAUAGCUGCCGUGAGUGCUGCAUUUCUGGUCCACCUGGUGAUGGUGUCCGAUCUGUACCAAGAAAUGUACCUUGAUGACCUUGGACGCCUCCAGGAGAUGGACUUUGUCUUGAUUAUUCAGUACCUGUUCCUGAGCUUUCCAAGGAUCGUUUUCUUGCUGGGCUUCGUCCUGGUGCUGAGCUUCCUCCUAGGGGGCUAUUUGUGCUUUGUGAUAUACUUGGCUGCCACCAAUCAGACCACCAAUGAGUGGUACAGAGGUGACUGGACCUGGUGUCAACACUGCCCUCUUGUGGCCAGAUCCCAAUCAGCAGAUCCCAAAGUCUAUAGGAACAUUCACUCCCGAGGGCUUUGGAGCAACCUUGGAGAGAUCUUUCUACCUGCCCUCCCCUAUUACCAGAAAAAGAAGAAAUAGAAUGGAGAGAUUGUUACUACUGUUUAAAUACAGUAUAUAUCCAUUGUUUCGGA